AUGAUGUCGGCGAGAGCAACGGCCUCCGCCGGUGCGGCACCGCGCGGCUCCCGACGUCGGGAACCGGCCUACUACUAUCAAAGUCUCUCCGCCGUCGUUGAUGGUGACGUGCGGUUCGGCGUGGGCUGCGUAGUGCUGCCGCACGCGCGCAUUCAUGUCCCACGCGGCUAUCGCCUCCAUGUUGACCCGUUCUGCCUCUUCGAGGACUUUGCCGAACUCAUCUGCGACGGCGCCGCUGAUGCCGCCGAUCAGCGACACGUGGACGAAGCACCGGCCUCGCCAACCGCGACGGCGGCGGUGGCACUGCACAUUGGAAGUCACAACCACUUCCAUUCCUACGCUCGUGUGCGCUGCGCUGUCGCGACCGCCACCUUGGCGUCAUUGUCGUCGUCGGCGGCGGCGCCGCCGCCGACGUGGCGGUUGAUGGGCAGCGGCAACAUUUUCCAUGCCUUCGCCUCCGUGCAGAUGAUGCUGUCGCAGCCCUUGUCGAGCCCGCGUGGGCCACCAGCGCCGCGGCUGCGACACUUCUUUGGAGACUACAACGUCGUCACAACGUACAGCAGCGUCUCCCUGCAGCAGGGCGCAUCAGCAGCGGCACCGCUGGCGGACGAGGGCGCAUCGUCGUCUAUCCCCUCCUCGCCCGCGGCGCCGCGCCCGGCAGCAUCCGGCACGUUCCAGCACGUCAUCGUCUUCUCCGGUGAGGCGCACACCAAAGGGGCUGACGCAUCCGUUGCCAGGGCGACGGGCGCCCUCUGUGUGCCUCGAUUUGGCGCUCGCAGCGUCGCGGAGCUGCCAGUGGUGAUCCAGCGCAUCACCGACGAGGCGAAGGCGGGCCCACCGCCAACGGCGGAGAUGGUGGGAACGGCAGCGAUGCUGGAGCGCUAUAUCUCCGACGUGCACCCGGAUCUGCGCUCGCACGAAGAGACGCGCAUCGUCACGGAGGUGGAGCAUGCGUGUCGCUGCUACAUUCACCAGCUCCUCGACGAUGGCGGACUACAGCCGGUCGAGGUGCCGUGCUGA